UCCAGGUAUAAUAUAAUAUUAUUAAUGAUUUACACUAAUUACCUAAAGGAAUUAAAAAUAUUUUUACGGUUUAAGUCAUGUGUUUAUAGUCGCGCGCGCGGGCAACGUGACAGAGAUAAAACCUCCGAAACUUGUUGCGCGAGGUACUAAACACACGAGUUAAUACGUGACAUUAAUUUAUAGGUAACUAACGUUUAGUGUGUCUCACGACAGUUUAAAUUCAAUUAUCUAUCUACCUAUAAAAUAUCGGGUCUCUAUUGUUUCUCAUAAAGUUAUAAGUCAUAAUGUAUUGUUUGUCCGCAUUAAGGAAAUUCCUGAAAAGUUAAAGGUUUCAGAGUUAUGAUUUGAUACGUUACUCAUGUUGCAGUUAAAUGUCUGUUACAAUGCUUCAUAAUUAUAAUUUUUGUUGUUUUUUUUUUCAGUGACGGUAUUCUAUUUUACAGCAGCCGCAAUAGUAUUUGGCAUGGCAUAUAUGUGUGCGGAGCUGUUUAUAAAACAGUACACGCAACGAUUAGACUGGGAUCAAAAUUUAUCUCCAGUUUUAAAAGGCAUAACAGUGUCCUUAAUUUUGCAAUAUACCUUAUUUUGUUUACUGUCCUUAAGAUACGCAGGUGAUGGUGCGCGAUACUUGAGCAGCAGCUUCGCGAGCACACCAAUAUGGUCGGUCUGCACUCACUUCGUCAAUAGCUCUUACUGCAUGGGCUCUAAAAACAUCUUGCAUUAUUGUGAAAAGCCAAGCCCCAGAGAACUCCUUACAUUAAACGUGACAUCUGUGCACAUAUAUUACACGGAAUACAUGAAGAGUAACAUCAGAGGUGCAUGGACAUGGAGGUUUUUUGUCAUUGCUGUAAUGUGGAUACUUAAUUUUUGCCUCACGACAGUACCUGACAGCGUGAUAUUGAAGUUUUACAAAUAUUUAGUUCUGCUGAAACAUGUCUGUAGUAUUUUAACCUACGCGUAUCUAGCAAUUUCUACCGGGCGAGCAGAGGAAGCUUUUUUUGAAUUGAUGAAUAUGAAUGCAAACCAUUCAAUUGGUGAAACAGUAACUGUGGUCGCCAUGGUUUAUGGUAUAGGCAUGAUCGGCGUCCAUGAUUUUGGUAGUACUUCGCCUUUUACAAUGACUGACAACGCUGUUAUCAUAUUUACAGUAUUAUUUAUUCUUCUUUGUUCACUAAGAUCUAUGUCUGUGAAUAUACUAUUAUUUCAAUUAAGCGACUGCGUAAACAUUCACAGUGACGAAGUUCAAUCUUGGCAUUAUAUAUUUUUUGUUUUAUUGCCGUUAGCAACGGAGUUCUUAUUUGGACAGAAACUAAUCAAUAUAUCUUUAUACUUGCACGUGCUUCUGUCGUUACUUCCAUGUCUAGUAAGUGUGUUAUUUAAUUUUCUUAAAAACCUAUCUAUAGUUCUAACGGCUAGUAGUAUUUAAAAAAUGAAUCAUAAUUCAUAAAUGUGAAUGUCCCACUUUGUCGAUAUGGAGUUAUUAGUAGUCUCUACAACUACAUAAUAUCAAUUUCAAUAACAGAUAAUCAAUUGGUGAAAGAAUGGAGUCUCUCAAUGUUUUGGUUUUUUUAAUCUUUUGUCUAUGUCAUUGAUUAGUGCAUCCCUACUUUGUGACAAAGCGAGAACGGAGAAAACGAUGAUUAAAGUUUGGGACGGCAAAAAACUUACCUUCAUCUCAUUUGUUCACUCGUGCUUUGAAGUUAUGGAGUUCUUGAUAUCAAACUACUAUAUAUACUUUCAGGAUUCUAAAUUAAGCAAAUCUCAAAUCUUAAUAGUUGGAGUGUCAUGAUGGCCAAAACAUAAAAAAGGAGGAAAACACUCAAUGUGAAUGUCGCCGUUUUUCUAUUAUUAUUACAUGAGACUCUGAUUUUUCAUUAAAGUUAUAAAUGUAUUCUUAAACCAAAAGAGUAGCAAACAAGGUACAUAUAUUAUUUUAAUUAGUUAUUAGGUGUGUAGUAAAGUUUAUAAAACACUAUUUAAUGUUUUGGUAUAUAAAUAAGAUCUUUGCGUGUAAGUAUUAUAAAAAAAAAACCCCAUAUCUUAACAGAUAUACGUAUCACGUAUUAAAAGUAUCCAAAUACCAAAUAUUAAAUAUUUUUUUAUAAUUAUAGUGUUUAGUCAUUUUCUUUAUUAAACUUAGUUUCCUUAGAACUUAGAGGGUCCCACUUUGUGGAUUUACGAAACUUAGUGACUCAUUAGUAAAAUGGUCAUGUUUGGUGCGUUGUACAUUAUUCACUGUUUACGCAUUAUGCUAUAAAUCUUUGGUAAAAACUACGUUUUUUCUUCUUAAAUGACAUGGUCCCAC